UAGAACAGCGAUUCAACAAACGAACGCGACGAGGUCAGUCUCUCUCUCUCUCUCUCUCUAUCUCUCGGAGUGAGUUUCGCUCUUUCCAUCGAUUUUUCUUGGGGGGGGCCUAAGCGCCGAUCAGCUGCUUCCGCGACGAUGAUCUUCAUCGCGGCAGCGGCAGCGGCAGCUCCGAUUCCCCUUUCCCUUUCCGCAUUUGCGCCGAGGAUCCCGCGCGAAAUCGGGUGGUCGGGAUCGUUGCGGUCGAGGGCUUUGAGAAGUUUGUUUCUUUUAAGCGAAGUGGAGGGAGAGAGCGCGCUUUGAGUCGUCGAUGGAGAACAGUGCGCAGGGGAUGCUCGUGGGCCCUGAGAUUCAUGGGUUCCACACUUUGCAUGAUUUGGAAGUUGACAACAUCUGGGAGGAAGCCAGGACAAGAUGGCUUCGGCCGAAUGAAAUCCACGCUAUGCUUUGUAAUCACAAGUACUUCAGCAUAAAUGUCAAGCCAGUAAACCUGCCCAUGAGUGGAACCAUUAUAUUAUUUGACCGUAAAAUGCUUAGGAACUUCAGGAAAGAUGGUCACAACUGGAAGAAGAAAAAAGAUGGGAAGACUGUUAAAGAGGCUCAUGAACAUCUAAAGGUUGGUAAUGAAGAAAGGAUCCAUGUGUAUUAUGCACACGGUGAAGAUAAUCCGACGUUCGUUCGUAGGUGUUACUGGCUGCUUGAUAAGACGUUAGAACAUAUAGUCCUUGUUCAUUAUCGCGAGACACAAGAGUCACAGGGUUCUCCUGCAACACCUGUAAAUUCACAUUCUAGCUCAGUCUCUGAUCCUUCUGAUCCUUCUGCUCCUUGCGUUUUGUCUGAAGAACUUGAUACUGGGGCUAAUCAAGCUUAUUACUCUGCAGAAAAAGAACAUGCAGAGCCUGGCGAUACUUUGACUGUCAGAAAUCAUGAAAUGAGGAUUCUCGAGAUUAACACUCUUGAAUGGGAUGAGCUGGUGAUAGAUGAUCCAAAUAACUUAAGUGCAUCUAAAGAAGUUCCAGGCAGAAUUUCGUGCUUUGAACCACCAAAUACGGCAGAGUCUGUUACUAUCAAUAAUGGUGUCCUAUCACCAGAAGUAUGUCCUCCUGGUAAGCUAAACGGAGCAGUUUCUACUAUGGGAAUUCAGGCAAAUUCAAAUCCGUCAAGAAGUGAUUAUUUGCCAGUUAGCAGUCCAGGCUUCUUUGGAAAUGACGGUUUGCAAAGUCAGGAUAGUUUUGGAAGGUGGAUGAACUACAUCAUGACUGGAACACCGGACUCAGCACAUGAUGCAGCACUUGAAUCUUCAAUUCCUUACUUUGGACUUUCAUCUGUAGCAAUGAAUGAUCUACCCUCCUCUCCUGAGAUAAUAUUUAGCAUCACUGAUGUUGCACCUGCAUGGGCCUUUUCAACUGAGAAAACAAAGAUACUAAUUACUGGCUUCUUCCAUGAGGGAUAUCUUCAACAUUCCAAAUCCAACAUGUUUUGUAUCUGUGGCGAUCUCUGUGUUCCUGCCGAACUUGUUCAAGUUGGAGUUUACCGCUGUUUGGUAUCACCACAUACUCCUGGAUUUGUGAAUCUAUAUAUGAGUUUUGAUGGUCAUAAACCUAUCAGCCACGUAAUCCACUUUGAGUAUCGGACUCCUCCAUUACGUGAUCCCGUGCCUUCUAAUGAAGACAAAUCAGAGUGGGAGAGGCUCCAAUUUCAAAUGAGACUUGCUUUUCUACUGUUUUCUACUUCUAAAUAUCUUGAUAUUGCAUCCUCUAAGGCCUCUCCAACUGUCCAAAAAGAAGCAAAGAAGUUUGUCCAGAAAACUUUGAACAUCUCCAAAGACUGGGCUUAUAUAUUAAGCUCAGUUGAAGAUGAUAAGAUGUCAGUUCCGCAAGCUAAAUCCAAUUUGUUCGAACUUAUGUUGAAGAACAGACUGAAGGAUUGGAUAUUGGAAAGAGUAAUUGCUGGUGGUAAACUGACUGAGUAUGAUAUGCAUGGUCAAGGUGUUAUACAUCUAUGUGCAAUUCUGGAAUACACAUGGGCUAUUAAUCUGUUUGCAUUGUCGCCAUUGUCAUUGGACUUUCGGGACAAGUAUGGUUGGACAGCUCUUCAUUGGGCAGCACAUAAUGGGAGUGAGAAAAUGGUUGCAAUGUUGUUGUCUGCUGGGGCAAAGCCGAAUUUGGUCACCGACCCUACUUCAGAAAAUCCUGCUGGAUGGACUGCUGCUGAUCUCGCAACAAAAAAGGGUUAUGAAGGCUUAGCUGCUUAUCUUGCAGAGAAAGCUCUUGUACAGCACUUUGAGGAUAUGAGCAUAGCUGGAAAUAUCAGUGGUUCAUUACAUACUAGGACAAAUGACACAGUUAACACUGAGAACCUCAGUGAUGACGAAUUGUAUUUGAAGGACACUUUAGCAGCCUAUCGAACAGCUGCAGAUGCAGCUGCACGUAUACAGAAUGCAUUCCGGGAGCAUUCCUUGAAAGUAAGAACUCUAGAAGUCGAGUCUUUGAACCCCGAGGAUGAAGCGCGCAAUAUUGUUGCAGCCAUGAAGAUACAGCAUGCAUUCCGCAAGUUUGAGUCUCGGAAGAAAUUGGCCGCUGCUGCCCGAAUUCAGUAUAGGUUCCGCACAUGGAAGAUGCGUAAAGACUUUCUUAAUAUGCGUAGACAAGUUAUCAAAAUUCAGGCUGUUUUCCGAGGCUAUCAAGUGCGGAGGCAGUAUCGAAAAAUUAUCUGGUCAGUGGGAGUUCUCGAAAAGGCAAUUUUACGCUGGCGGUUAAAGAGGAGAGGUUUCCGUGGGCUUCAUGUUGAACCCGUACAAGAAAAUGUAGACCAGAGACAAGAAAGUGAUGCAGAGGAGGACUUCUUCCGAACAAGCCGAAGACAAGCUGAAGAGCGUCUCGAGCAAUCAGUAGUAAAGGUCCAAGCCAUGUUCCGCUCAAGGAAAGCACAAGAAGACUAUCGCAGGAUGAAGCUGGCGCACAGUGCAGCACAGCUAGAAUUUCAAGAAUUGUUCGAUGAUAAUGUUUACAUGGAGAGGUGAAGCGGGCUUCAUGAGAUCUCUUGUCUUUUAAGGACGGAACUGCUAUCUGUAGCCCCAAGUUAGCACAUAAAAUGUUAAAAGGGUUAGUUUAUCUUCUGUAGACUUCGCCUGUAAAUGCUUAGCCGAACGUAGAUAUUACUUGCAUUGAUCCUUUCAAAAUGUUUUAAAAAUGGAAGGGCUCGUGGUUUUUGUGUUAA